AUUAAUUUUUCUUGUGGGUGGAUGGAUCCUGCUACAUAUACAACGAUCGAGUAGAGAUUGGCGUUCUGCAGGCUAGUUAAUUAAACGAUCGAUAUCCAGCCGGCCGUUUCAUUUCCCAAACCAAUUAAUUUCGUCAACAAUGUCGUCUAAUUUCCAGCCUGGGGACUCCAACAAUUUCCCAACCUCGUCUCCCAACGACGAUCUCGGCAAACAAGCCUCCAGCACCUUCAACAACUUCCUCGUCAUCUCCGUCGUUUUUGGGGUGUUGAGCAUCCUGGGGACCGUCGCCAUAGUCUACUUCGUGUACAGGUGCGUCAAGAAGAACGGCCUCCCCGCCAUCAACAUCAACACGACCGCUGCCGCGGCAUCAUCAUCGUCGACGGCAUCGGCUAUGUACGCGGUGGUGCCGGACUCUCAGAUACGGGAGGCUACCGUCGAGAGGUUUCUCAAGGAGAUCGCGGGCGAGAAGCCCAUUCGAUUCACCCCGGAGCAACUCUCUGGUUUCACCAACAACUACUCGGCCCGGCUCGGCGCCGGCGGGUUCGGCACCGUGUACAAGGGCAUGCUACCCAACGGUCUCAUGGUCGCCGUGAAGCGGCUCCACACCACCCACGAUGACCGGACCUCCCAGGACCAGUUCAUGGCGGAGGUCGGCACCAUCGGGAGGACCCACCACAUCAACCUUGUCAGGCUCUUUGGCUUCUGUUUCGACUCUGCCACCCAUGGCGUGCGCGCACUGGUGUACGAGUACAUGGAGCACGGCGCGCUCGACGCCUACCUCUUCGAUGAUCGGAACCGUGGUAUCGGCUUCCCGACGCUGCGCGCUAUCGCUGUUGGCGUGGCUAGGGGCCUCCGGUACCUCCACGAGGAGUGCCAGCAGAAGAUCGUGCACUACGACAUUAAGCCUGGCAACGUGCUCCUCGACGGCAGCCUCACGCCCAAGGUGGCCGACUUUGGGCUUGCACAGCUACUGAACCGGGCUGACACGCACAAGACCGUCUCUGGGAUGCGUGGCACCCCCGGUUAUGCCGCACCAGAGAUGUGGAUGCAAGCCGGCGCCACCGAAAAGUGCGACGUGUACAGCUUCGGCAUCCUCUUGUUUGAGAUCAUCGGCCGGAGGAGGAACUUCGACGAAGCAGCGCCCGAGAGCCAACAGUGGUUCCCCAAGAUGGUGUGGAUUAAGUACGAGAGCGGGGAACUUAUGGAGAUCAUGGGCGAUCAGCAGGACAAGCAGACGGUGGAGAGGAUGUGCAUGGUGGCGUUCUGGUGCGUGCAGCAGCAGCCGGAGGCAAGGCCGCCCAUGAGCACGGUGGUGAAGAUGCUCGAGGGCGAGAUGGACAUAACUGAACCGGCGAACCCGUUCCUGCAUCUCAUGGCGGCGCCGGUGGCAGCAAACCUGUGGACUACCGUGACGAGCAGUGUAAACACGGUGUCAGCAUCGGUAAAUGGUGUUCAUCAUGGUAGCAAUGAGAUCGUUUAGCUUCAACACUUUGCAUCUGAUUGUACUUAAGGAGAUGUGCAAUAAUAUAGAAGACAAAAUCAAAA